UUGAGAGCAGGUUGAAGAGUCAGUAGCAGUAUCUACCUAGCGACUAGGUAGUUUACAAACAUAUUUUUACGGCAUGGCUCAGCCAUUACGGAUAGGUGAAUUUUUGGACUUUAGUCCAAUAAAGCCAGAAGACACCACGACAUUAUUUUGUGACAAAGAAAACACGGGUUCUCUAGAACUACCCGUUUUGAGUCUAGUGCAGUUCUCGAGGGCACCGUUCGUGACAUUUGGAUCGGUAAAGAUAGGUUCUUCGAAAUCGGUCGUCCUACGAGUUGAAAAUCCGGAUUCUGACAAUGGAGCUACAGAGGUUACAGUGAACAAGAUUGCAUCUGCGAAAGGGUUUUCCGUUGACAAAACCAUUUUUAACAUUCAGCCUGGAGAUGUAUUUGAUUUAACUAUAACAUGGACACCUGGAGAGGAAGGGGGAGUCAGAGAACUCAUCAUCUUUGUUGCCAAUGGUGUGGUUAAACAUCAAGCCGUUUUGCUCGGCAGAGCAAAUGCACCCAAGAAGAAAAAGAAGAGUCUGUGGGACUCGAUCAAAAACAAGAAGGCGUCUGGACUCCCGGCGCCCUCCAGAGGCAAGAGAACUCCAGAAGCUUCUCUGAAGAGAAAGGCAGCCAACAAGACCUUUCAUGUGCCUCAAACUCCACAGUACAGACAGGGGAGAGUUCGGAGCCCGCUCUCCCCUCUCAACGAUGUGGUUCCGGUUAGAGCGAGAGCCCUGUCAGGGUUUGGCCCUGCCCACAUGGAGAAGUUGGAGCUGCAGGGCAUCUGCACCCUUGUCAGUAAGGUAACAUCUCAGCCUCUGGAUGAAGUGAACAGGGAUGGCGACCUUACGAGCUCCCCCGGUGUUCCCCUGGUGCCGAGGAUCAGGAUUAGCGAUCCCGCUAAAACAGCAGCUGUCCUCAGCGGACCCGUCUUCCCGUCUGAACACAGAGACGUGGCAAGAGUGCUCAACAAGACGCUGUCGCCUGUGGGCACACCAGAUAGACUGAAGAACCUGAUGCCUCACAUCGAGUCUAUGCAAAUCCCUGUCAGUGUCGCUGUCAGUGCUUUACCAGAGGCUAGUAUCAGAGUUCCUACAGUAAUGGAUGCGUUGGCGAUGAUCGACUCUGAUCUGACUGCAGCUGUUGAAGGAAGCCCUCCCGAUGCAUGCUCUAGCUUUGAUUUUUCGGACUCAUUAGAAUCAGUUAACGGAAUUGCAGGUUGCGGCUCUGAUGGAUUGCCUGAUAGCCCCAGUGAAUCGGACGCUGCACAGCCGAGGCUAACCUUCUUCAUCAAGCCAAAAUUGGCAGUUGGUCAGGCUGACGACCUAGUUGCUCCUAGAAUAGAGGCGGGAUGCAACGUUUUUCAAGCCAAGAAGGUUUUUUUUACGUCUGCUACCGUGGUCAAGAGCAGAGCAGCUCCGGCACUGGUAGAGAGACCUCAGGGGGAGAGGAAAAUAAAAACCUCAAGACGAAGACUUCUGGAGAAAACAUUGGAGAUCACAGAUGCGGGGAGCCGCUCUGACUCAAGUCCAGGCACCCCGGGCCUUCCUGUCAUCGAUUCGAACAGUAGUUCAGACGGACAACACAAUGUCAGCAUCACUAGCUCCUCGCUUGAGGCCAUGGAACCAGUAGCUGUAAGCCUGACUCCUUUAAAUGAUCCUGCCCCAGUCUCUUUCUCUCUUAGCCCUCCUCUGCUCAGGGUACCAGUCACCCCCCAACACCACAACAAUAACCAGCUGGCUCACGGAGCACCUCUGUCCGGGUUUGCUUCAGCACAGCUUCCUGUCCAUCAGGAUCUGUUUCCUGUCCGCUGCCAGAGCCGGUUCGAUGUGGUGACACGGGGCAAAAAAAGGAAAAGCGAUGAGUUUCUGAAGGAUGUUGAGAAAGUGGAGGAUACAGAAAAAAUGGCGCUGGAGAAACGAAGCAGGAAGUCUACUGCGGUGAAAAGUCAAGAUGUGAGGAAGACUGCUGCUCAGAAACAGACGAGACCAGCAGCCUCUCUGCGAUCCGGUUUCUCUUCUUCGUUGGUAGGAGCCAGGUCUGUGACGCCUGCACCAAUCAGACGGCAAAGUUCCAGAGCUACCUUUCAGAGUACUUCUCUGAAGUCAUUUGGUGCUUCAUCUGUCAGGAAGGCAAAGGUUGUAGCUGUGGCCCAGUCCACACUGACCUUCAUUAAGCCUGCACAAACAGCCAUACCAAGGCACCCCAUGCCGUUUGCGGCUAAGAACAUGUUCUACGAUGAGAGGUGGAUUGAGAAGCAAGAAAGAGGAUUCACCUGGUGGAUGAACUAUGUACUCACUCCAGAUGACUUCAAGGUCAACACCGAGGUCACUAAAGUGAAUGCCCUCUCUCUGGCGAUGGGCAGCGAUGAGCGGUUUAGUGUGCCCAAGGCCCCCACCAAAGAGGAGAUGUCCUUCAGCACGUACACGGCUCGCCGCCGUCUAAACCGUCUUCGUCGCUCAGCUUGUCAGCUCUUCACGUCGGAGGUGAUGAUCAAAGCUAUCCAGAGGCUGGAGCUGGAGGUGGAAGCCAAGAGGUUACUGGUGCGCACCGACCGUCACCUCUGGAAGGACAUAGGGGAACGUCAAAAAGUCCUAAACUGGCUUCUCUCCUACAACCCUCUCUGGCUCCGGAUUGGUCUGGAGACAAUCUAUGGAGAGAUGAUUCCGCUGGAGAGUAACAGUGACGUCAUGGGCCUGGCCAUGUUUAUCUUGAGACGUCUUCUCUGGAAUCCAGACAUUGCUGCCCAGUUCAGACACGCUAAAGUCCCCAAUCUUUACAAAGAUGGACACGAGGAGGCCUUGUCUCGUUUCACUCUGAAGAAGCUGCUUCUGCUGGUCUGCUUUCUGGACAAGGCUAAGGAGUCCAGGAUGAUCGAGCAUGACCCCUGUUUGUUCUGCAUGGAUGCAGAGUUCAAAACGAGCAAGGAUCUACUCCUGGCCUUCUCCAGGGACUUUCUGAGUGGGGAGGGAAUCCUGCCCCGACACAUGGGGUACCUGGGCUUUCCAGUUUCCCACACACAGACCCCGCUGGACGAAUUCAACUUUGCUGUCAAGAACUUGGCAACCGACUUGAAAUGUGGAAUCCGGCUAGUACGAGUGAUGGAGCUGUUCACCCAGGACUGGAGUCUGUCCCAGAAGUUGAGGAUGCCUGCUAUCAGCCGCCUCCAGAAGGUCCACAACGUAGACAUAGUCUUGCAGGUGUUGAAAGCCAAAGGCGUCGACCUGAAGGAUAAUGAUGUUGUCAUCAGUUCCAGAGAUGUUGUGGAUGGACACCGGGAGAAAACGCUGAGCCUUCUGUGGAAGAUCAUCUUUGCUUUCCAGGUGGUGGUGCUUCUGGAUGAGGAUAAACUAACGGAGGAGAUCGGUUUUCUGAAACGCGCCUGGAGUGUCAAGCAGAAACUGGCAUCAUUGAAGGCUGACAAGGUUGUAGAGCAGACCGUUUCCAAAGCUGGUUCACCGUUCAAGCACAGCAGCCUGAAGAUCACUUUACUGAUGGACUGGGUCAAUGCUGUCUGCGACUUCUACAACUUGCAGGUGGAGAACUUUUCGGUGUCGUUUUCGGAUGGUCGGGCGCUUUGCUACCUCAUCCAUCACUAUCAUCCCAGCCAGCUGCCCCUGGAAAGGGUCUCUCAGAGCACCACUCAGACCGUCGAGUGUUCUUCACAAGGCAGACUGGAGCUCAACUGCUCAUCCAGCGACUCAGACAAUUCUUUUGACACCUGGCCCACAACGCAGAACGUCCCACAGUCGCCCAUGUUGGAAUUUAAAGAACUUCUGGAUAAUGAGAAGAGUAACUUCCGAUUGGUCAACACUGCAGUGUCUUUCCUUGGGGGGGUUCCAGCAAUGAUCAACCCAGCUGACAUGUCCAACACCAUACCCAAUGAGAAGGUGGUGAUGUCCUACCUGUCGUUCCUGUGCACUCGUCUCCUGGACCUCAGGAACGAGACACGAGCGGCCCGCAUCAUUCAGGGUGCUUGGAGAAAACACAAACUGAGGAAGGAUCUGGAAACGUACCAGGAAAGAAACGUGGCUGCUGCGAGGAUUCAGGCACACGUACGAAACUUCCUCAAGAGACGGAGGGCGAGGAAACAGACCUGUGCUGCCGUGAGGCUCCAGGCCGCCUGGAGGGGCUACGCCGCCCGGAACACAGCGACGCUGAUGAGGAAGGCAAACCUCUGGGUGCUCCUGAAUGCCUCGGCCACAUCUAUUCAAGCAGAAUGGAGGAGGUAUAUCGCCAGGAAAAACUACCAGUCUUUAAGAUCACAGGUGAUAGUGCUGCAGGCCUGUUGGCGGAUGAAAAGAGCGGUUUCUGACUACAGAACGAUGCGGUGGGCAGCGACUGUGAUCCAGAAACACACUAGGGCUCGGAUCACCGGAAGAAAGGAGCGCGAAAACUAUCUCGCACUGAGAUCGGCAGCCAUCAAAAUACAGAGAAGUUACCGGAACUGGACGAGCCGAAAGUUCCAGAUUAAAAACCACGCUGCCUCUGUGAUACAAGCCGCUUUUCGGAAAUGGCGCAGCGCCAAAACAGCCCGAAGAAACGCUGCCGCCCUGAAGAUUCAGUCUUGGUUCAGGAUGCACACGUGUCAUCAUCGCUACGUGUCCAUCAGACUGAGUGCUGUUCUCAUUCAGACCUGGUACAGAGGCCAACAGCAGAGGCGUCGCUUGCAGGUGUUGAAACAGAAACACCAUGCAGCCACCGUCAUCCAGAGUGCGUUCAAGGCUAGCGUGGUCAGGAGACGGCUGGAACGGAUGAGACGGGCCGCGGUCGUCAUCCAGCGCAGGUUCAGGGCCUCGCUGCUCAGAGACGCGGAGAAACGGACGUUUCUGGUGAUGAAGUGCGCGGCCGUAACAAUACAGGCGAUGUAUCGCGGGCACGUUGCACGAAGGAUGAUGAAGGCGAGGAAUCGGGCGGCAACUUUGAUCCAAGCAAACUUCCGGAAGUUGAUAGCCCAUCGGAGAUUCGCCGUUUUAAAAAGAUCAGUGGUUGCUAUCCAGCAGAAAUAUAGAGCCAAGUUGUUGGGAACUAAAUCAAGAAAGAGUUACGAGGAGCUCAGAUGUUCCGUACUGAAAAUACAAGCUGUCUGGCGAGGGAGGACCGACAGGAAGAGGAUUGAGCAACUUCAUAAGUGUGCCACCGUACUUCAAGCUAAUUACCGUAGGCACGCCGUGCAGUCACGUUUUAGGGCAAGAAAGGAGGCUGCUUUGCUGAUACAACGCCAGUUCAGAGCUCUCAAAGCAGGAAGGGAAGGAAGAGCGGAGUACCUUCAGGUUAAGAAAGCUGUCAUCUCUCUCCAGGCGGGACUCCGUGGUAUGAAAGUAAGAACAGAACUGAAGAAAAAACACCAGGCGGCUACACUCAUUCAGUCAUCGGUGAGAGCCUUUAUUUGUAAGAGGCGUUAUUUGCUGCUGGAGAGUGCAGCUAUAAUCCUUCAGAGUCGCUAUAGAGCUCACUUGGCGUGCAGGUCGCAACAUCAGCAGUACAGUCGGCUGAAGCGAGCCACCCUGAAGCUCCAGGCGGCUUAUCGAGGAUCCAGAGUCAGAAGAGACCUUAGCACGAGGCGUAGAGCCGCAACUGUCCUCCAGGCUCACUUCAGGAUGUACAAGGUGCGGGUUUCUUACCUCGCCACAAAGUGUGCCGCCAUCAUCAUCCAGGAGCGCUUCAGGGCCAACAGGCUUCGAGACCACCAUGUGUGGCUGUACGGAAGGAUGAGGUCUGCGACUGUGAAGAUCCAGUCAGCCUACCGUGGCCACAGGGUCAGGACAGCGGUUGCCGAGAUGCACACGAAGGCCGUUGUCAUCCAGAGGUGGUUCCUCGCUCGCAUGGAAAGAAAACGCUUCCUUGCAGUCAGGGCGGCAGCUGUACUCUGUCAGCAGAGAUACAGAGCCGUUGCCAUUGGACAGAAAGAACGGAAAAGGUAUCUUUUGAAGCAAAGGGCUGCGAUCACUCUUCAGGCAGCUUACAGGGGGAGGAGAGACCGGCAGAGGUUGCAGACUGAAUGCAUGGCUGCCAUAACUAUUCAAUCACACGUACGAAUGCACCUGAUUAGGACACGUUACAAGAGGAUGCUGUGGGCUGUCGGCACAGUGCAAGUCAGAUACAGAGCCAACAAACUGGUGGAAAGGGAAAUGCUUUCUCUGAAUGCAAAGAAAAAAGCGAUAAUUGUCUUACAGUCUGCAUUCCGUGGAAUAAUAACCAGACGUGCUGUAAAAUGGUUGCACGAAUCUGCCAGAGUCAUCCAAUCAUGCUAUAGGGCCCAUGUGGAGCGCAAGCGGUAUCUUGCUUUGAGGUCUUCUGCUCUUGUCAUCCAGCGACAAUACAGGGCCACCCUGGCAGCUAAACUUCAGAGGCAACACUACCUGAACAUGCUGCGUGCUGCAGUCCUCCUACAGGCUACAUACAGAGGGCAGCUUGCUAGGAGAGAGAUCGGGUUUCAGCAUCAAGCUGCGACCACGAUCCAGGCUGCUUUCAGAAGACACCGAGCACAUGUCAAGUUCCAGGCCAUGCGAUUGUCCGCCGUCAUCCUACAGAGACACUUCAGGUUGUGUGUUCAAGGGAGGCUAGACAGGGACAGAUUCCUGAAGCUUCGAGGUUCUGCUGUUGUCAUCCAGGCAGCUUUCAGAGGGCUACGUGUCCGAAGUCAAGUCGCCAAGAUGCAUCGAGCCGCUACUGUCAUUCAGGCCAACUACAGGAUGAAAAAGCAGCAGGAUGCUUUCAGAAGGCAGCGCUGGGCGGUCGGCAUCCUUCAGCAGAGGUUCAGAGCUCAGAGACAACGAAGUGUCCAACUGAAGGAAUACCAGCAAAUGAGAAGUGCUGUCAUCAUGUUACAGGCAGCUUUCCGAGGCAUGCGAUCCAGGCAAAGUGUCCAGUACAGGCACGAAUCUGCCAGAGUCAUCCAAUCAUGCUAUAGGGCCCAUGUGGAGCGCAAGCGGUAUCUUGCUUUGAGGUCUUCUGCUCUUGUCAUCCAGCGACAAUACAGGGCCACCCUGGCAGCUAAACUUCAGAGGCAACACUACCUGAACAUGCUGCGUGCUGCAGUCCUCCUACAGGCUACAUACAGAGGGCAGCUUGCUAGGAGAGAGAUCGGGUUUCAGCAUCAAGCUGCGACCACGAUCCAGGCUGUUUUCAGAAGACACCGAGCACAUGUCAAGUUCCAGGCCAUGCGAUUGUCCGCCGUCAUCCUACAGAGACACUUAAGGUUGUGUGUUCAAGGGAGGCUAGACAGGGACAGAUUCCUGAAGCUUCGAGGUUCUGCUGUUGUCAUCCAGGCAGCUUUCAGAGGGCUAUGUGUCCGAAGUCAAGUCGCCAAGAUGCAUCGAGCCGCUACUGUCAUUCAGGCCAACUACAGGAUGAAAAAGCAGCAGGAUGCCUUCAGAAGGCAGCGCUGGGCGGUCGGCAUCCUUCAGCAGAGGUUCAGAGCUCAGAGACUGAGGCACGUGCAGGUGGAGAAAUAUCUGCAGAUCAGAAGUGCUGUGACUUGCAUUCAGGCGUCAUUCAGGGGGAUGCAAGCGAGGCGCCUGGCGACACGGGCGAAAGCAGCCAGGAAGAUUCAGGCGUUCCUGCAAAUGAGUGUCAGGCGUCGACGGUUCCUGAAGGAACGAGCCGCGACCGUGGUGAUUCAGUCAGCCUUCAGAAGACACCGGGCCAGAGCACGAUACACCGCCAUGCAGGCAGCCGUCGUCACGGUCCAGAGAUGGUACAGGUCUUGCAGGCUGGGCCGCAAAGUCCGUCUGGACUACAUGACCGUCAGAGGAGCAGCGGUGACCCUCCAGUCAGCGGUCCGUGGGACACUUGCCCGACGGCUGGCCAACCGCGAACGGGCAGCCGUUAAGGUCCAGUCGGUGCUGCGUAUGGCCGCGCAGAGGAGCCGGUAUUUGAAGUUGCGGUCCAGCACAGUGACGUUGCAGUCCCACUGCAGGAGGUGGACGGCACGGCGGCGGUUUCAGCGCUGUCGACUAGCAGCCCUGACUCUUCAGAGGAGCUACAGGGGACUGCGAGCGCAGAGAGAGCAGCGAUCAGUGUACCUGAAGACCUUGAGAGAUGUCCAGAAACUCCAGGCCAGAGUGCGCGGUCACAUUGCGUUCAGACGGUAUCAGAGAAUCAAGAAAAGCGCUGUCACUAUUCAGGCCUUUUAUCGUGGGAUGGUAGAUAGGCAGAGACUCCGACAACAAAGGACCUCGGUCGCUCUCAUACAGGAGCACUACAGGGCCCACCUUCUCCGCCAGAGAGAGCGAGCAAAGUAUCUUGCCGUGAAGCGUUCUGCUGUUCUUAUACAGUCUUGGUUUAGAGGGAAGCAAGCCAGAAGCAAGGUUGUGGAGAAGCGGGCUGCAGUUGUAACGGUCCAUAGAUGUAUACAGACAAAUCUCCUUCGCAAAAGGUUCCUGACGGUUCGACACAGUGCUCUGGUCCUUCAGCGCAGAUGGAGGGAGACCGUUAAGGCCCAAGAAGACCGUCAAAACUUCUUGAGAAAGAAGGCUUCAGCUGUCUCCAUCCAGGCAGCAUGGAGAGGCCACAUAGAAAGACAAAGCUUGCUUGUGGUCCAGAAGGCUGCUCUGUGCAUCCAGUCGGUGUAUCGCGGCUGGUUCCAGAGAAGGGCGUACCAGAGGCAGAGAGGAGCCGCGGUCGUCUUACAGACGAGGUUCAGGGCCGCACAGCUGGCCAGGAGAGAGAGGGAGGACUUCUCCCGAGUGAGACAGUCCACCGUGACUCUGCAGAGAUACUGGCGUAGCUGCAUGGGCAACCGACGGGUGCUGGCGGUGGCAGCAGCAGGAAGGAGGCUGCGCUUCUCUGCAGCUGUGUUCCAUCACCUCUGUGCCGUCAGGAUCCAGAAGGCCCUCAGGGCUCACUGGGCUCUGCAGUCAGCCAGGAGACAGAUCCACUCAGUUGUCCGCAUACAGCGGUGGGUACGAGCCAGGCAGCAGCGAAGGCGGUUCCUGGAAGAGAGGAGGAAGGUGGUGACGGCUCAGAGAGCGGCCAGGAGGUGGUUAGCCCGCCGCCAUCGAGCCGCCCGCGUCCUGCAGCAGCACGCCAGGAAGUUCCUGCUGCUGAGACGACAGCAGAGGGUGGAGCAAGGGAUCAUCAAGGCACAGGCGUUGUGGCGAGGACACGCCUCCAGGAAGCUCCACGACCACCACAGAGUUGUGGCCGUGAGGCAUCGCCUCAGGAUGGUCUCAGAUGGCGCGCAGGCGGAAGACCGGCUGUGUAACAAGACCUCCACGGCCAUCGACCACCUGCUUCAAUACAAACACUUCUCCUACAUCCUGUCAGCUCUGAAAAACCUGGAGCUGGCAACCAGGCUGUCUCCAGAGUGCUGUGAGAUGCUGGUGGAGAGUGGAGCCACCCUGGUCAUCUUCACCCUCAUCAGGAGCUGCAACAGAAGCGUUCCCUGUAUGGAGGUCAUCUCCUACGCCAUCCAGGUCCUCCUCAACCUCUCCAAGUACCAUAAGACCGUUGAGGCUGUUUACACGGUGGAGAACUCUGUGAACACCCUGCUGGACCUGCUCCAGAUCUACCGUGAGAAGGCUGGAGACAAGGUGGCAGAGAAGGGGGGCAGCAUCUUCACUAAGGCCUGUUUCCUCCUGGCCCUGCUCCUUCAGGACCCGCGCAGAGCCCUGGAGGUGAGGAACCUGCCCAAGGCUUUGGAACGGAUUCAAAGUAUCUACUCCCUCACGGCACGAAAACACAAGAUGGAUGCUCGGAGAGAGAGGCAGAAAACGAACGCUUCCAGGAACUGCAGUCUACUCAACUCAACAACAGCUCAAAAACACAAACCAGUGGCCAAAUUUGUUCCAGACUGGGUUCUUAGAAAGGACAAGCUAAAGGAUGUUGUUGACCCACUUCGAGCUAUUCAGAUGGUAGCAGACUCUUUUGCAACAGUUUCGUGAUAGCUUUUUUUUUAUAUACUUGGAUAAAUGUCAUAUUUUACUGUUUCAAACUUUUGGAGGGGGGAUACAA